AUGCCUAGUUCUACCAAACUUCCUACCCGUACUUUGGGACGCAAUGGUCCUGAAAUUCCAGCCCUCGGUCUCGGUCUCAUGGGCCUCAGCACUUUCUACGGAAAACCCGGUUCAGAUGAAGAGCGUUUUGAGUUUCUUGAUCGUGCUUAUGAGCUAGGAUGCACCCAUUGGGAUUCAGCUCAAAUGUACGGCGAUAACGAAGUACUUUUGGGUAAAUGGUUCACAAGAACUGGAAAACGCAGUGAGAUCUUUUUGACUACCAAGUUUGGUAACCAUGUCACACCGGAAGGUGGUCGUGAAAUCCGCAAUGAUGCAGAGUACAUUCGUUCAUCUGUGGCGGAGAGUUUUAAGAAACUCCAAACUGAUUACAUAGAUUUACUCUACUGUCAUCGAUUCACUGGAACUAUUCCAGUCGAGACAAUCGUUACCGUUAUGAAGGAAUUUGUUGAUGCUGGCAAAGUCCGCUACUUGGGACUCAGCGAGUGUGGCGUUGACACUCUCGAACGUGCCGUCAAAAUUCACCCCAUUCACGCGUACCAAAUUGAGUACAGUCCAUUCUCAAUGGAUGUUGAGAAACCCGAAGUUGGGCUUCUCGACUGCUGCAAGAGACUCGGCAUAGCACUUGUGGCCUACUCACCAUUGGGUCGUGGUAUUCUCACUGGUCAGUACCGAUCAGUUGAUGACUUCGACAAGGACGAUUUCCGACGCACCAUUCCCCGUUUCGCCACACAGGAGAAUUUCGACAAGAACUUAAAGCUUGUUGACACUAUUACUGCCAUUGGUAAAACCAAGAAUGCAUCACCGGGUCAAGUAACACUUGCUUGGAUGAUGAAGCAAGAUCCCCUCAUUUUCCCUAUUCCAGGUACCAAGAAGAUCAAGUAUUUGGAAGAAAAUAUUGGAGCUCUUUACUUGGAGAUUUCGGAUGAAGAGGACAAGGAAAUUAGACAUGCAAUUGAGAGUGCUGAGGUGGUUGGCACCAGAGUUGCUGAGCAUCUUAUGGGUGUUCUUGUGGUUGAUACUCCUCCUCUUGCCAAUUGA